GCUCGCCCUCCCUUUUUCCUUCUUGCCCCUCUGUCCUUCUCUUUCCACCCAUUUGGCCCAUGCUGUCUUGAGCUUUGCAGAAAUGGAAUCCUCAGGAGAGAAACCAGAGAUGCCACCAGGAACUGGAUAUCGUGAUACUCCCUUGGAUACAGCUCCAGAUCGACAGGUGCAAAUCCCCGUCCUGCCCUCGCGAUCGUAUGUGCAGUCGCCACCUGAAAUCCCCGAGACCUCAACAGAAUCGACUUCAAAUCGCUCCGAAACCCUUACCGAUACCACGACCACUCCAGGAACAGAAGUCGGAAAUCAAGAAGCGCUCUAUCUCUUACAAGCUCGAGUCUUACUUCAAAGAAUAAUACACAAGUCCUGUGCAUUUUUAAGAGGAGCUAUGGAGGUUUUCGAAACACAUGAUGCGGAGUACUACUCUCACUAUGUCUGGCUCAAGGCAAGACUUGGAGAGUAUCUAGCUUACUGGAAAGAGCUAGAUGAUGAACAAGAUCUUACAGUCAAAUUUCUACAGAAUAUUACGAGUCUCCUUUCUUUUGAUGUUGACAUUCGUCGAUUGUCAUCACCCAGGAACGCGACAAGAGCAUCAAGGGACAAGAUGCAGUUCCUGAGAGAUAGCAUGAGAGUCGCACGAUCAGAGACAACCCAACUCCGUGACCAGAUUUAUGAUGCCGUAGCACGACAGGAGGAAGAUAAAGAUGUCGAAAUUACCUUCCCUGGUCUACCAAGAAUCGAAGAGACCCCUCUCACCGUUGAUUUUGACAUGGCCACGGAGCUUGAUGCCUUUCUGCAGCCUUCACCAAGAAAGCUCACCUCAGAGGACUCUGAUACUUUAACAGAGCGCCUCCAGGAUAAAGACGAUGGUCAUGAUGACAGCCCUAGGAGUGGGGAUACCAGCGAUAGUGAAGAAGGCUGGGAUAUUGUUGCUCGGGGAGGCUGGAGAGACCCCAGUAAUCUUAGAAAGCAUGGCUUACGAGCUGUGUGGACUGGGCGGGGGGGCUAUCCAGGAAAGAUACCUGACGACAUUGCCGAGUGGCUCGAUGAAGAUGGAACUCGGAGGGGAACGCAAUUCAUAGGCCCGAUAAAAAGCCUAUUCUGGAUUGGCGGCUACGACGAACUUGUUCAAGCAGUGGACGACCCGGCGUUUACAAUUGAAGACGAGGUGCAAAUAAUUCCCGGUGGAGCCAAGGUUGGAUAUCUUGUGGACCGUUACUAUGAAGACGGCAAGAUACCCGAGUAUAUUUAUCGUCGAGCAAUGGGAUACGAAGAUGAUAUCAUCUUUCGCCAGCGUCUGACCGUGCUCACGGCAAGAAUAAAUGUACUUCCAAGAGCUAUUCCCGACAACCCGCAGUCCCGGACUAUCCGGUCUAUGUACCCCCUUAGCCGCCCCCAAUCCCUUCCUGAAAGCGUGGCAUGUUUCAAGGUCAAGCGCGAGAAAAAAAGGGAAAAACUGGUCAAACAAAUACGCCAAAAGGCCGGGGACCUUCUGGAGUCAAAUGAUAUGUGGUUUCGAGGGCUUACACGCACUGCUUUAGCAUGCACGCUUGCCUUUUUCAUUCCUGCUAUCGCUACCAAGUCGCAGGACAAUGAAUUUGGGCCGGGCUUUUAUGCGACCAAUGACUUCGACAAAGCGCUUGACUAUUGCGGCGUGGCUGGAGCUGUUAUGAUCUUUAAGAGUCUCGAUCUCCGGCGAUUAAAAGUCUGGGAACCAACUGUUGAAGAGUGGAAACAGCUGAUUACCACGUGGACCGGCUUACCUUUGUCUGUGAGCGAAGAUUUUCCGCAGCAAUACAGGGAUGCCGAUUUUAUCCGAGGGCCUAUAUCAGAGUCGCCAUCUGAAGGCAACCAGAAAAGCCAUUUCCCCGAUAGAAGCCAGUCCGAUCAGCUUGUCGCAGUAAGCUAUGAGGGCUGUGAGCGGUUGUCGCAGUCACUUCAUACGAUAAUUUACAUGGACGAUUAAGAUAACAGGCGGAAUAGUGGAGUUGCAACGUCUUGUUCUUCGAUUGGCACUUCGUAUCCGUGGAUUGUUGCUUUAGAGUAGUAUUGCUGUACUUAAUAAUAAACAAUCAAAGAGAAGUUCGAAAUGAAGUCGAGGAAAACAGAAAUGAU